AUGUGUGGUAUUCUAGGCCUUAUCCUAGGCCAUAUCAGUGACGAUCCGAAUUUCCCGUGCAAAGCGGCCGUGACGUUACAUGAGGCUUUGUAUUAUUUGCAGCAUCGCGGUCAGGAUGCGUGCGGUAUAGCGACAUGUGCGGCUGGAGGGAGGAUUUUCCAGUGCAAGGGAAAUGGCAUGGCUGGAAAGGUCUUCGAUGAGGGACGACGUGUUCAGGAUCUACCCGGUUCAAUGGGCAUUGGCCACCUCCGCUAUCCCACCGCAGGCUCCGACUCCAGCGCCGAAGCGCAACCAUUCUACGUCAAUAGUCCCUACGGUAUCUGCCUCGCACACAACGGCAACCUCGUGAACGCGCGUGAACUGCGGGAACAUCUCGACAAGGAGGCGCAUCGCCACAUCAACACGGACAGCGACAGCGAGUUGAUGCUGAACAUCUUUGCGAAUGAAUUGAACGAAACCGGAAAAGCGCGUGUGAACCAGGAGGAUAUUUUCGAUGCGCUUUCGAGGAUGUAUAAGAGGUGUCAGGGUGGUUGGGCGUGUACAGCCAUGGUUGCUGGAUUUGGUAUAUUCGCUUUCCGCGACCAAUAUGGUAUUCGUCCCUUGAUCCUGGGAGAGCGUCCAUCAGAGACCCUACCAGGUGCGACAGAUUAUAUGUUUGCCUCUGAGAGCAUUGCAUUGCGACAACUUGGUUUCCGCAACCUUCGCGACAUCAUGCCCGGAGAAGCCGUCUUCAUCCGCAAGGGACAGUCACCAGUCUUCCGACAAGUUGCAGAGCAACUGGCUUAUUCUCCCGACAUUUUCGAAUAUGUGUAUUUUGCUCGACCAGACACCAUCAUCGACGGAAUUGGUGUGCACGCCAGCCGUCAAAAAAUGGGAGACAAACUGGCAGACAAGAUCAAAGAAAUUCUAGGCGAUGAAGGCGUGAAAGAAAUCGACGCCGUGAUCCCCAUUCCCGAAACAUCAAACCCCUCUGCUUUCAGCGUUGCGCAGCGCUUGAACCUUCCAUACCGCGAAGGAUUUGUCAAGAAUCGAUACGUCUUCCGAACAUUUAUCAUGCCCGGCCAGAGCGCGCGUCAAAAGGGCGUGCGCAGAAAACUGAGCGCCAUCGACCAAGACUUUGCCGGCAAAUGUGUCCUGCUAGUCGACGACAGUAUCGUCCGCGGAACAACAAGCAGAGAAAUUGUAGCCAUGGCCCGAGAGGCCGGUGCCCGCAAAGUCAUAUUCGCUAGUUGCGCACCCCCCAUCACACACCCACAUCUUUAUGGUAUCGCAUUGGCAUCGCCUGCGGAACUCAUCGCAUCCAACAAGGACCGAUUCGCAAUCGCCGAAAACAUUGGAGCCGAAGAAGUCAUUUUCCAAGAUCUCGAAGAUCUGAAAGAUGCAUGCAGAGAAUUAUCACCGCCCAAAGGGCCGCGUGAGUUUGAAGUCGGCGUCUUCUGUGGUAGCUACGUGACGCACGUCCCCGACGGAUAUAUCGAGCACUUGGCCGAAUUGCACAGCCAGAAGAGCAAACAAAGCAAGUCCGCGCCGCCCCAUGGCGCAAUCGCUGGAAGCAGCGGGGCGACGAUGUUUGAUAAAGCGAGACGCGAGGAUAUCAGUCUUCAUAAUGUUGCUAGUGAUGCUACACUGCGAUGA